AUGCAGACAUUGGAAAAAGUAUUACAUCAACAAAUGCCUUUUACAUCUGGUGGGCAAACGAUUACAGAUCGUCUUACAGCAGCUAAACAUUCAUUAGCUGGAUCACAACUUGGAAAGACAAUUUGUAAAGCAACAACAGAAGAAUUAAUGGCACCUAAAAAAAAACAUCUUGAUUAUCUUUUACAUUGUACUAAUGAACCUAAUGUUUCAAUUCCUUCAAUGGCUAAUAUGUUAUUAGAACGUAUUCAAAAUCCAAAUUGGGUUGUUGUAUACAAGGCAUUGAUAACAAUGCAUAAUAUUAUGUGUUAUGGUAAUGAAAGAUUUUCUCAAUAUCUUGCAUCAUGUAAUGCAACAUUUAACUUGACUAACUUUAUUGAUAAAACUAAUGCUUCCGGUUAUGAGAUGAGUGAACAUGUCCGAAAAUAUGGAAAAUAUAUUUCUGAAAAAAUUGCUACUUAUAGAAUUUGUGCAUUUGAUUUUUGUAAAGUUAAAAGAGGUAACGAAGAUGGUUUUAUGAGAAAAAUGGCUAUUGAUAAAUUACUUAAAACUUUACCUAUUCUUCAAAAUCAAAUUGAUGCAUUAUUAGAAUUUAAAGUUAAUUCUUCUGAUCUUAACAAUGGUGUUAUCAAUUGUUCAUUUAUAUUAUUAUUUAGAGAUUUGAUUAGACUUUUCGCUUGUUAUAAUGAUGGUAUUAUAAAUCUUUUGGAGAAAUUUUUUGAGACCAAUAAAAAACAAUGUCGUGAAGCAUUAGAUGCAUAUAAAUCAUUUUUAGCUAGACUUGAUAAAGUUGCCGAGUUUCUUCGUAUUGCUGAGUCUGUUGGAAUUGAUAGAGGAGAAAUACCUGACUUAACACGUGCUCCAGCUUCUUUAUUAGAAGCACUUGAAACACAUGUUUAUCACUUAGAAGGAGGUAGAGGUCCACCACCAGCAACAAUUCAACAAACAGUUAAUCAAUCACUUUCUCAAACAACAAUGUCAAGAGAUAUGAAUCAACAGGCUUCUGGAUUUGUUUAUGAUGAAAUAGCAAAACAAAAAUAUUUAGAAGAGGAAAGAGAACGUCUUCGUCAAUUUGAGGAACAACGUCGUGCUCAAUUAGCAAUGAAUCCAGGACAACAGCAUCAAAUGCCUCAACAAUCUCAACAGUUACCUACUAAUUCAUAUGCUCCAAUGCAACCAAAAACAGGAGAUUUAUUAAAUUUUCUUGAUUCAGCUCCUCAACAACAGCAACAACCAAUACAACAACAAAAUCCCUUUGGAAUGCAACUUCAAAAUCCAUUUGGAAUGAAUCAACCUUUUCCCCAACAAUCUACUACAACUAAUUCUUAUCAACAACAAAUGUAUUCAGGACUUCAAGCAACACCCCAACCAUCAGUGCCAUCGACUAUAAGUAAUACACCAAAAUCUUCCUCUGCUACUCAAUCAUUAUUGGAAGCUGAGUUUGCAAAAAUUUUUAAUACACCAUCAGAAACAGAAACUAAUACAAAUAAAUUAAAUUCAACAAACGGUAAAUUGAUCUCACCACCGGCAACAACUUCUACAAAAUCUAAUAUUGUAAAGAAUAAAACAAAUGAUCCAUAUUACAAUACAUAUGUACAACCACAAAUGGCUGGACAACAACAAUGGAAUCCAUUUACACAACAACAACCUAUGUAUAAUCAGCCUCAGGGAUUUAGUCAACAGCCACAAUAUCCUACCACUCAACAAAACAUGCCACAACAACCUAUUCCUCAACAACAUGCACCCAUACCAUCAAGGCCACCACCACCAACUAGUAAAAUUUCACACUCAUCACAAGGGGAUCCUUCUCAACAUCUUUCUAGUGUACCUUCACAACCUGAAACAUCAGAGGUACCACAACAACAAACACAAGUUCCUAAUAUGGUUCCUUCUUCUGAACCACCAUCAACAAUACAUCAACCAGAAAUGCAAAAAGCACCAGAAAAUAUACCACAACCUACAACUGAACCAACACCAGAGGUUGUAGCUCCAAAAAUUUCUGAAACUUCUGCUCCACCACAAGCAACUCAAAAUAUUGAUAUUCAACCAAAUUCAUCUAACCUGGGAAUUUAUGAAAAUACUCCAUUUAGUGGAAAUGAUGCAAGUUAUACAUCUUCAUCAUUUUUAGAACAAUAUGUUCAACAAAAUGGUUCUGAACAACAACAACAACAACAGACACAACCUAUUGGUGUACCUGAAGUACAACAGCAACCUCAAGAAACAUUACCACAACAACAAAACAUCUACCAACCACCUAUUUCUCAAGGACAACAAUAUCCACCAUCACAGGGAUACAUACCACAACAACAACAACAACAAAAUCAGGGUUUUGAUCCUUUUUCAUCAGUAGGACAAGUUGGUGAUUUAUCUAUUUCCGGUAAUACAAAUUACAACAAACAAAUAAAUUGGGCUGGAGGUCCAACAAUGAAUCAACAACAACAACCACCAAGACCAAUGCAACCUCCAAUGGGUGGUAUGGUGCCACCAAUUCAACAAGGAAUGUAUGGACAAAAUUCUACAAUUUCUCAACAAUGGCCUCAACAGGUGAAUCCCUUUGCCAAUCAAAUGCCUAACCAACAACCGAUGUAUGGAGCUCCAAUGAUGCAACAACCACCAAUGGGAAAUCCUUUUGGUGGAAUGCCACCACAACAACAACAACCAAGUUAUCAACAACCACCAGGUGGUUUUAAUCCAUUUCAAUAA